CCCCGCUUCUGCCAGCUGCCCCUCGACGACCAGGUCAUCCUCCUGCGGGCAGGCUGGAACGAGCUGCUCAUCGCCUCCUUCUCGCACCGCUCCAUCUCCGUGCAGGACGGGAUCCUCCUGGCCACGGGGCUCCACGUCCACCGCAACAGCGCCCACAGCGCCGGCGUCGGGGCCAUCUUCGACAGGGUGCUGACGGAGCUCGUAUCCAAGAUGCGGGACAUGCGCAUGGAUAAGACAGAGCUGGGAUGCUUGCGGGCCAUCAUCCUCUUCAACCCGGAUGCCAAGGGCCUGUCCAACGCGGCCGAGGUGGAGCUGCUGCGGGAGAAGGUUUACGCGGGGCUGGAGGCGUACUGCAAGCAGCGGUACCCGGAGCAGCAGGGCAGGUUCGCCAAGCUCCUCCUCCGCCUCCCUGCCCUGCGCUCCAUUGGCCUCAAGUGCCUGGAGCAUCUCUUCUUCUUCAAGCUCAUCGGGGACACCCCCAUCGACACCUUCCUCAUGGAGAUGCUCGAAGCCCCACAUCAACUCUCCUAAAG